UGCACAGUACUCUGACCGCCACCCACAUCGCCAUGCCCAUUGACGAAGCCCGAGCGGAAGAGUUGAAUGCUCGCCUAAAGGAGCGCGAGAUGCAGAUUCGCGAGUCCUUCAUCCGCGCGAUGGAGGCGAAGAUUAUGGAGGACAACAUCAUGAAGUGCCACCGUAUCGAGGGUGUAAACCAUCAAGAGAAGUGCAAGGAUCUCGCUCUCCGAUACGCGAAGAUGUUCAAGGAGAAUAGGAUGAAGGGCUACAAGCACAUCGAUGUGAUGCCCGCUUCAUUAUCAUAACGUGAAAUGACUUUUCUGUCUGUAUGGACGAUUGUGCGCUGCGAUAUUAGAUACCUUAUUCAACAGAACGCUACGUUCUUCACACUAGAUUCGCGAUAUCCACUGUGCAGUCCGACUAACCAUGCAAAGAAAAGAAACCGGAGAGUACGUGCUACAACUACACGGUGAGGAGAGUCAAGCAAGACAACCUGUAAGAUCAAUCCGAGUGCCCCUAUUUCUUGCCCUUCCGCUUCUUGUUCUCCGUACCGCUCAACUCGGUUCCGCUCGUCUCAUCUCCGCUCGUCGCCGCGCCCGACUUCGUCUUUUUAGCCUUGGAUUUCUUGAGAUGGUGCUCUGGAAUCCAUUCCUCUUGGUAUCCACCCGCCCCGG